AUAAAGACUGUUUUCCCCAAAAUUUGAACCUAGUUUUACCGCCCGAAAUAUGAAAAUCAAAAACCGCUACACUUCCGUAGCUUGCAACCGUUCCCCGGAAGCGCUAGACUGGGGCAAGGAUGGCUUAAUCUACUACGCUGCUUGCCACUCGAUUGCGGUUUUCGAUCCGAAGUUUUACGGAUCGGCAAAAAUUAUCCGCUCACUCAGCGGCCACAAAGCGCGGGUGAAUACGGUUAAGAAGCUACAGAAUGUGCCCUCCACGGAUGGAGUUGAUUUGGCGUCCGGUUCGGAUGAUGCAACUUGCAUCCUGUGGAGUACUCAGAAUUCGUCGAGUGCUCUUCGGUUCACGCUGAAGGGUCAUACUAAAGGCGUAACCCAGGUGGAUGCGUUCUAUGUGGGGGAUAAUUUGCUGGUGGCCACCGGAUCAGCUGAUAGUAGUAUUAAACUGUGGAAGCAGACCGGAGGGGAAUUCGUUUGCUUCCAAACUAUUGAUCUUGAGACGGGAUAUUGCUUUGCCCUGAAGUUUUUCCAGCUACCUGUUUCCGGAUGUGUAAUGCUAGCCUACGCAACGGAUAACGAUUUGAUCCAUUUGUAUGCCGCGUCCGAUGAGGAGUAUGUUCUGGUAGACAAGUUGAAGGGCCAUACGGAUUGGGUUCGCGGGUUGGACUGUGUGACAGAUGUUGAAGGUGAGGAUCUGUUGCUGGUUAGUGCAUCCCAGGAUAGCUUCGUUCGUUUGUGGAGGAUUUCGCAGAGGGAGCAGCUUCAGGCGAAGAGAUCGUUUGAGGAGUUCUCCAUCGAUGAGGACAUUGUUUUGGAAGAGAGGAUUUUCAGCGUUACGGUUGAUCGAAAGCAGUUUCACUAUGCUCUGGCUUUGGAAUCGGUGCUGCAAGGUCACGAAGGAUGGGUCUACGGAGUGCAUUUCAACAAGUCGGAGGAUAAGUUGAAUUUACUAUCGAGCUCGAUCGACAAGACUCUAACGAUUUGGACGCCUUCCGAGUCGGGAGUUUGGCUCGAAAGUGUUCGUGUAGGGGAAGUCGGUGGAGCUUCGCUUGGGUUCUAUGGGGGAAAAUUUUCUCCCGAUGGUAGAUCCAUCGUCGGUCACGGUUUCCUAGGAAGUGUCCAUCUUUGGCAUCAAGAUGCGGAAAAUUGCGGCAUUUGGAAACCGGGAACGAUCAUUGGAGGGCACUUCGAAGCUGUUCGAGAUCUGGCGUGGGAUCCUGCUGGAAGAUUCGUAGUGACCGUUUCGGUGGAUCAGACUACACGGAUUCAUGGUGCGUGGCUGAGAUCGGCGGCUAGGGAAGGGAAUAACGAUGCUCUAACUUGGCAUGAAAUUGCCCGGCCACAAGUUCAUGGCUACGAUAUGCAGUGUCUGUGCAUGUUGUCUCGGUAUCGAUUUGCCAGUGGAGCGGAGGAAAAAAUCGUGAGGAUAUUCCAAGCUCCGGCAAAUUUUGUGGAAAAUCUGCGACAGCUUUCCGAACUUGGAGACGAUGCGGAAGGAGAGGACAUUCUAAAGACCACCCCCAAGGGCGCUUCAGUUCCCUCACUGGGCUUAUCCAACAAAGCCGUAUACAGUGUUGAAGAGACAGAAACCGCUAGUAAGCACGUGAAGGACGUGUACCCGGAACACUAUUUCAUUCCCACCAGACUGGAAUCGCCUCCCACGGAAGAAACACUGAUGCAAAACACCCUUUGGCCCGAGAUGCAAAAACUUUACGGUCAUGGUUACGAAAUCUACGCUCUGGCUUCUACCCCCGGCGGUCGCUUCAUCGCCUCUGCUAGUAGAGCAACGUCUCUGGAGCAUGCCAAAAUUCUUAUCUGGAAUACGUCGACUUGGAAGAUUGUCCAGCAACUGCAAGCUCACCAGCUCACGAUCACCCAGUUAGCUUUCUCUCCGGACAGCAAAUCCCUGCUGGCAGUAUCCCGCGAUCGGACUCUGUCCGUGUUUGAGAACAAGGAAACGGCGGAAAACUGCAACUUCCAGCUGGUUACCCACACGGAUAAACAAACCAGUGUCCACGCGCGGAUUAUUUGGUGCUGUGAUUGGUCUCACGAUUCGAUGCACUUUGUUAGCGGAUCACGGGACGGGAAGGUGGUUAUCUGGGAACAGAAAAUAGAAACGGGACAGUACGGAGCAGCAGGUGUGCUCGAAUUGAAGGGAGAAUCUGUGACGGCAGUGGCGUUUGCCAGGAGGAACAUUGAACAGGAUCGCUACAUGGUGGCCGUUGGUUUAGAGAAAGGUGUGAUACACUUAUAUGCGGUUCGGCAGCAGGACUGGAAGUUGCUGGCUACGAUUGACGAGUCAUGUGGACAUCAUCUAACGGUGAAGCGUCUAGCAUUUAACCCGUCGAGUGACGAACUGCAGUUGGCCAGUUGUGGUGAGGAUAAUUUCGUUAGAGUUUAUGAUAUAUGUUAAAGG